UUGUUUCCCUGUCAGCGGUAAAUAAAUGGAAGAGACUUUACACACUUCAGAAGUCCCAACGAUCAAUAAUCGAUUACUUUGACGUUAAGUUAUAAAGUUUGUGACCGUUUAAAAAAAAAUAUGAUCACUUAAACAGCUGCCGUGAUUGUGUAAAUCACAACCCCAAAGGAUAUAAAAGUUAGGGGGAAAACAGCAAAAAAUGAUCAUAAUGCGUUCAGUACAGUGAUUUCUGAGUGACAAUUAUGCUGAGUCCGCUGACACGGGGAUAUGGUUCCUGGGAUGGGGCUCAUUAUGACCCUUAUAGUGACCAUGCUACAGAGGAGAAGUUGCCGCAGAUAAAUGAACGAGAGAUUCACAGGCAUGGUGUGACUAUUGGUCACAUGUCGAGAUGUUCUACCUCUCUUUCAUUCAAAAGCAACAUAGCACCUCCUGCUACACCCAUCAGCCGCUCGGAGAAACUUCAGAGAGAGACCACCCACAACAGACUGCCAAGGGAGAUUACUUCUGUUGAUCAGACCAACAAAUAUGAUCUCCCUAAAACUUACCUCACCAAAAAGGGGGCCCUGAUGUUAUUCACAGCCCCUAAAGAAGAACAAGAGCUUGAUGAGGCCAAUGGAAAUCCAAAGAAAGUGAAAAUGCACCGAGUUAAGAAGCUGUUGGAUUCUACUUUACAGAUGGGGUCUUUAGAUCGACUAGCAAUGUCUAUCUUGCAAUAUGGAGAUGAAGAGGAAUAUGAUAAAGAAAAUACAAGCAUCUCGGAUGAGAAACACAAAUUGUUCAUGAAAAUCUUACGCAAAGCUGAAAACCAAAGAGAGCUUGAUACGAGAUCCCAGCCUGGCAGCGAUCUCCACUCCUAUCUCAGGGAUCUCAAAUUCAGAGCUAGAGCGAGCAUGAGUGGGGACACUAAUAUUCCGAGGAGUCGGGAGGCAAUGGAACUGCGUGCAAUACUUCAGGGUCUACAAGACGACCGCUGGCCCAUUGUAUACAACACCGAGUCGGGAACUUAUGAGAACCGCAGUAAUUUCGGGGACCAGUUUACAAGACCAGCAUCUCAGCAGUCUCAUAGACCUCAAACAUCACCAGGAUCUGGAACUGCCACUCCUCGUUCGAUUCUGUCCGCCAGUAAGCUAAGAGCUUCACUCAAGUCCUAUAAUACCUACAUGGGUCGGCCUGCCACAGAUGAAACCGCGAGAGAAAUAAGAUCGUCUUUACCAACAGUCGGCAUGCGCCAUUCAUCUGCCCCUUCUAUAGGGUCCAGGCCUUUAGAUAUCAUGUCCCCUGGGAAAGGAAGACGUCGAACCCAAUCUUCAGUUACCGGAGGAAGUAUUGCGGAAGAAGAAGGGGGAUUUCUUCCCCUUUAUUACGAUCCUUUGUCAGGUAUGGAAGGAUCCUCAAUUGUGUACACAGAUUCCACGGAUCUUGGACAGCACAUGUACACAUUUGAUCUGGCAUCAGGUGAAAGUUCGCUCUUUGAUGUGGGAAGUCACGGUGAUGGGAUUAAACCUCUGGGUGAAGGAAGUGUGGAUAUGGUGGAAGAACCUGAAAAGGAAUCUGAUGUAGAAAUGUCAAAUGUAGUGGGGCAAGGUAGCACUGAAGUGGCUAGUGAACCUCAAAGUAGUUCUAACCAUAUACAGGUGGUGGUGGAAGACCAUGACACUAACACAUGUGAUUACUCCACACAGUAUGAUUUUGAAGUAGAUUGUGUAAAAGGUGGUGGUGAUGGGGUUCCCAGUAGUACAAUUGGUGGUGGUCUGUCUACCAAUAGUCUUGUUGAUAUUAGUAGCGCAAUUAGUUCCCAACAUGAUCCUCUUAGCGAAACCGAAAAACUCGAUGUUGAGACAAGCACAACUAUCAGUGAAGAUCUGAUAGAACCCCCAGGUGUCAAUAAAGUUGAUAUAAAAACUAUUGCAGGGGUAAUUCCCGAGGAAGAGAGUGUUGAAUUGGGUUUUGAUGGUGAAGGUGUGCACAUCCCACAGGGUAUUGAUGAGGUGGAUGAGGGUGAACUUGAUUGGGAGGAAAAGGGCGAAGAGGCAGCUUGCACUGAAGUGGAUUUGGCACGAUAUGGCAUUAUAGGUGAAGAAGACAAUGGGGAAGGUGACGAUGUAGAGGAAAGCACCGAUGAAAUCAGAGUUUCACCAAAACCUGAUUCUGCACAGGGAAAAUCUCCUGCACCCUCGCCUGCACAACCCACAAAAACUCAUGAUCCAACAUCACCCCCUAAACAGGAGCCAGAUUCCUCUCAAAUAAAAGCAUCCUUAUCACGUCCCGGAUCUAGGGCAUCUUCAAAAUCGACAUCUCCCCAAAUUCCCAGGACCCCAUCUCCUUCCAAGCAAUUGUCUUCAAUUUCACAAAGCAAUAAAAAAUCCCCAUCCCCUGUUCAAAAAACAGUGUCCCCAUCUCAAAAACCUGAUCCUGAUAAGUCUUCAUCAGUUGAAGUUAUAAAACCUUGUCCCUCACCUGAAAUUCGAGGUAAAAAUACCCCACCUUCUGUUACCAUCACAAAAAAGCAAUCUCAGAUUCAAAACAAUCUUCUCUCUUUCGAUGCUAAAAAAGAUACCGUCACCUCACCUAGUCAUACUGUAGGCAGUCUGUCCCAGGUUUCGACCGAGAAAAGUCAAUCAAAUCAAGAACACACAGACAUCAAGUCUGUAAAGUCUGAAGAAGUUCUUCCAAGUGUACCUUUCUCUAGUUCUGAUCAGAAAGAACAGGGUGCACCAGAUGCACAGCAAUCACAAAUUAUGGACGGGGGAGCACCUGCACAAACAAGCGUCACAUCUGCUAUAGAGAAGGAGGAAAAAUCAAAGCAAGAGGAUGAAAACGAGGAAUCCCACGAGUCAUCUGUUACCUCAGCUGAAGAUAAAAGCAAGAAGAAACAACUCCAAUCCAAUGAUGAGCAAAAGGAAUAUAGCGAAAUCGAGAGCACCAGCAAAACAGAGCCAGAAGCCCCAACCAGGCUGAUCGAUCAGAUGCCAGUUAUACCUGACUAUUUGAAACCAAAACCACAGAAAACGCCAAAGACGAAGGAGAAGAAGACCAAAAAGCAGCAGCCACCAAGAUCAAAGAAAGAUGUUACGAAAGCAAUGUCAGUAGCAUCUAUACAACCGGAAGCGGAAGUGACAGGAAAAGAAAAGUCCGCACCAAAAGUUUGGGAACAUGAAAAAGUCGACAUCCCCCCUGAAAAAGAGGAACUAGUUAUUCCUGACCACAUGAAGGAAGCUUUCAGCAGGGACACAGAGCAGUCCAAGACUGCAUUGGAGGAACAGAUGAAGCAAAAAUAUAACAUUGAUAGGAUGUCAAGAAACUCUAGCAAUGUGGCUAAUAUAUUAGACGACACCUUCAAAGUUACUAUAGAUGAGGAGCUUCUGGAAGUUGGUCUUACAGAGGAAGAACUUUUGGAAGCAAAGAUGGAAGUAGAGGAGAAACUCAAUGUAGCACAAGCGAAAAUAAAUGAGAUGGAGAAAACUGGUGGGGCAGAUCUUGAAUCUGAAGAAACUCAGAGAGCAGAGAAAGAAAAAGCUGUAAAAUUGAAAGAAGGUAAAGCCAAGAAAAAAGGUGGCAAAGGAGGUAAAUCCACACCAAAGGACACCGUAGCAAAAGUUCAAGGAAAAUCUGAUAAGGAAUUGGAAAAACAGAAAGUACUCAAAAAGGAACAAAAGAGGACAGAGGAGAAGAAAAAGUUAGAAGAAAAGCGUAAAUUGGAGGACCAAAUACAAGAAAGGCAAGAACUAGUGGAAGAACACGAGCAGAGAACGCGAGACAAAGAAUUGAAACGUGGUAAAAAGGAGAACAAAAAGGAACUCAAGCUCGAAGUGGAUCGUUUGAGGAGGGAGGAAUUAGAAAUGCAAGAAGCUGUAGAUGAAGUCCACAAAUAUCUAGCAGAGUCAAGGAAACGCCAACGAGAAGAGAGAGAUCAACGAAGGAAAGCAGAUCAAGAGAGAAGGCGUGAACACGCACGGGAGAAAUUCGAACAGGAUAAAAAGAAGAGAGAGGAGGAUAGCAGGAAAGUGAUGGACGAGCUGGACAGGAUCCAUGACCUGGAGAUGAGAAAGCAGAAGAAACUUGAAGAGGAGAUGAGGAGGGAGGAGGAGGAGAGACUCGCCAUUGAACAAGCAGAGGAAGAAGAAAAUAGUAGAGUGAAGGCAGCGGAAGAUCAAGAGAGACGGUUAAGAGAAAUCGAACUGCAGAUGGAGGAAGAGGAGAUGCAACGACUAUACCUGCAAGAACAGGAAAUAAGCCGACAGAGAAUUUUGUUGGAAAUGGAACGAGAGAAAAUGUCGGAGGAAGAGGAACUUAAAAGACAAGAACUUUUGGCAGAGCAGAUAAAAUUGGAGGAAAUCAAACGGAAAAAAGAGGAAGAGGAGCAGAGAGUGUUGGAUGAGCAAAGACGAAGGCUAAUGGAGUUGAAAGAAAUGGAAGAAGCAGCUAAGCUAAAGAUGCAGCAAGAUCUGGAAGAAAGAAGAGCCAAGGCUCUAGCCAGAAGGGAAGAGAACUUGGAAAACAAAUCUAACAUGGACAAAUUGAAGCAAUCACAAGGCAUCACCAAAGCAUGGGUCUUCUCUUAUUUUGUUCGUUGGCCACUGGAGUCGUACAUGGUACCUAUUGGUGGAGACGAAACCAAGAAGAAAGGCUUCAGACCAAAAACCAACAGACCCAAAACUGCGAAAUGAUAGCAUUAGAACAGCAUUUAUUUAUUUUCAUACAAUUGCAUGACUUCAGGUGGAAAGUUCUUAGUUCUCAACAUAAACAAAUGUACAUGUAAAUGAACAUUUAAAGAUGCACAAAACAAUUAAAUCCACCCACGAUUUAGUUUUCUUAAUUGCUAUUUUAUCCCAUACUUUUAUUUGCACAUAUUUUGACACUAAUUCAAAACCCAUAUAGAAUCUCUUGUAUGUAUAGUUUUGUUGAUUUCACUUUUCUAUUCAAUCAAUCAUCGUGCCAAAUAUAUAGUAUUGUAUGUAUAAAAUAAGUAGAGAUAGGCAUGGUGGCGCAGGAUUAGACUCAUUAUUUUUCUUGUUGAUAUGAUUUGUGUAAUAUACAUGUAUCUGAGGCUGUAACAAUGCAUCUAUGACUCAUAUGAAUCUAAUAAAUAAUUUAAAGAC